CCCUUUUCCUGACGCACGCCUGGUAUGCAAACAUAAAUUUAGCAGCAACGUGUUUGCUGGGGGAACAAAAUAUCUGGAAGUAACCGUGAAGUGUCAUGUCGUCUCCGGCAGUUCUUGGCUGACUUUUACCUUUUUCCCCUCUCUGUGUAAACUUGAGCCGGAGCGCCGCGCGGAGAGGAGAGCAGACCUCUUUCUCCCUCAGUGACUGGGGGACAGACUGGGACAGACGGACAGAGAGCGGGCAAUCCCAGUCGCCUCUAUACAAUCUGAAAUUACACUGCAUUUAUCAGCGUUAGAGAUGACAGGGGGCUGCUUAUGGACGACUGGACUGCUUCUUCUCGCUGUCUGUGUGAAGGUUGCUGUAUGGGCCAACGAUGGGGGCGCAGUGUUCAUCAGAGAAUUCACUUUGAUUCGACGAGACCACCUUCCAGAAGAGCCUCUCCAUGAUGUCAGCCAAAAACCAGAAGACCCUAGCUCGCGGACGGCCCGAUCAGAAGAGGACAGAGACACUCUGUGGGAUGCCUGGGGCUCAUGGAGUGAAUGCUCCCGUACCUGUGGAGGAGGCGCCUCAUACUCCCUCAGACGAUGCCUCAGUUCCAAGAUCUGCGAAGGGCAGAAUAUCAAAUAUCGCACAUGCAGUAAUGUGGAUUGCCCUCCAGAUGCCGGUGAUUUCCGUGCCCAGCAGUGUUCAGCUCAUGCAGAUGUGCGAUACCAGGGUCAGUACCAUGAGUGGCUGCCUGUGUACAAUGACCCGGACAACCCCUGCACUCUCAAGUGCAAAGCCAAGGGCUUGGGCAUUGUGGUGGAGCUGGCGCCCAAGGUGCUGGAUGGGACACGCUGUUACACCGAGUCCUUGGACAUGUGUAUCAGUGGAGUCUGCCAGAUUGUAGGUUGUGAUCAUGAGUUGGGGAGCACAGCUAAGGAGGACAACUGCGGUGUCUGCAAUGGAGAUGGCUCAUCCUGCAGACUGGUGCGAGGACACUACAAAUCCCAGCAUGCUUCAGGAAAAACUGAGGACACAGUUGUUGUCAUCCCCUAUAAGAGUCGCCAUGUACGUCUAGUCCUGAAAGGCCCGGAUCACUUGUACGUGGAGAGUAAGACUCUACAAGGGGUAAAAGAUGAACUGGUCUUGGAUAAAUCAGAGCACUACCACCUGGAGAACACCACCUUGGAUUUUCAGAAACUUUCAGAUAAGGAGGUCCUGAGAAUCACUGGCCCACUCGGAGCUGACUUCACAGUCAAAGUGCAGUUUGCCAGUGGAGCAGACAGUGUGGUCCAGUACAUCUACUACCAGCCCAUCAUCCAUCGCUGGAGAGAGACCGACUUCUUCCCUUGCUCCGUCACGUGUGGUGGUGGGUACCAGCUAACCUCAGCAGAGUGCUUUGACCUUCGGAGCGGCCGGGUGGUUGUGGAUCAGUAUUGCCAUUAUUACCCAGAGAACGUCAAACCAAAACCCAAACUCCAGGAGUGCAACAUGGAACCCUGCCUGGCCAGUGACGGCUACAAGCAAAUUAUGCCAUAUGACCUCUACCACCCACUGCCUCGAUGGGAGAGCAGUCCCUGGACCGCCUGCUCCACCUCCUGCGGCGGAGGCAUCCAGAGUCGCUCUGUAUCCUGUGUGGAGGAAGACAUGCAGGGUGUCAUCACUCCCACUGAGGAAUGGAAGUGUCUCUACUCCCCCAAGACGGCUAUCCUGCAGCCCUGCAACACCUUCGACUGCCCCACCUGGUUGGCACAGGAGUGGUCACCUUGCACGGUGACCUGUGGUCAGGGUCUGCGCUACAGGGUGGUGUUAUGCAUCGAUCACAGAGGACUCCAUGCUGGAGGUUGUAACCCCACCACUAAACCCCACAUCAAGGAGGAGUGCCUGGUGACUGUGCCCUGUUUUAAGUCCAUAGAUACGCUCCCAGUUGAGGCAAAACCUGUGUGGCAUAAGCAGGCCAUAGAGCUGGAGGAAGAGAUCAGUGUUACUGAGGAACCCACCUUCAUCCCUGGUCGCUGGCAGUCCUGCAGUAGGACAUGCGGUGCCGGGACCCAGCAACGGACUGUCAAGUGUCAGGUGUUGCUGUCCUUCUCUCAGACUGUUGCUGACCUGCCCGAUGACGAGUGUGAGGGGGUCAAACCUGCUACGAGUCAGCCCUGCUACCGUACUCCAUGCUCUGGUGUUUUGGGCAAAGGAAAAGAAAGUGAAGAGGAGGGGGAGACACCUGAAAGAGAGGAACUGCACGACUGGGAGUAUGAGGGAUUUACGGAGUGCUCAGAGAGUUGUGGGGGAGGUGUACAGGAGGCUGUGGUCAUCUGCCUGAACAAGCAGACCAGGGAGGCAGCAGACCAGAGCCUGUGUGUGAGUGCCCGUCGGCCCCCACAGCUCCUCCAGGACUGCAAAACUCAGCCCUGCCCACCCAGGUGGGAAACAGGGGAAUGGAGUUCAUGCUCUGCUACCUGUGGCGUUGGUCUUAUGACCCGCACUGUGGCAUGCACUCACCGGCCCUCUCAAGACAGCAAUCGUACUAAGGUUUUGAGGGAUGAAGACUGUCAGAACCCAAAGCCCAGUCCUGUCCAAGCCUGCAACCGCUUUGACUGCCCUCCUACGUGGGACACACGUGACUGGGGACAGUGCUCCCAGAGCUGUAGUGGUGGAUUUCAAAGGAGGCAAGUCCUGUGCAAACAGCGGUUGGCAGAUGGCAGCAUCCUAGAGCUGCCUGACACCUUUUGCCCUUCCAAGAGCCCUGCAAACCAGCAGCCCUGUGCCAAGCAAGAGUGCCCACCUCAGUGGGUCACAACUGACUGGUCCAAGUGUUCAGUGACCUGUGGAAAAGGCAUUCAGAGACUACAGUCAAUCUGCAGGAAACAAGGGGAAGAUGGGGGACAUUGGACCGUAGACCCUAAGAACUGUUCCCUGAUGGCCCGGCCCACCAGAAUCCGACCAUGCUCCCAAAGGCUUUGUGAGAACUCUGUCAAGCCCGAUCCCACCAUACUGGCCCAGAGGAAGGUGUAUAUCCAGUGGAGGAAGGGCAAAAAGUUACACUUGAUAGUGGGAGGUUAUGCCUACCUAUUCCCCUGGACAACAGUGGUCCUUCGCUGCCCAACCCGCCACUUCCGCAAGGGCCACAUCCGAUGGCUGAAGGAAGGAAAGCCCUUGGUCAGCCUCCCACACCUCUCCAUAACAUCACUAGGAUACGUGAAGAUUCAGCAGGUUCGUGCAUCUGAUGCCGGGAUAUACACAUGCGUUGCAGGUCAGGCACAAGAACAUUUUGUCCUACAGAUCAUUGGCAGCAAGCAGAAGCUCUCUGUUCCAGAGCCAUGGCUCCACGCAGGUGGACAACAAAAGGUUGGUCAGCCAGAUGUGGCCUUAACAGGAGAAAGAUUUCAGGAGCUACCCAUCUCCCUCAACCUAUAUGACAACAUUGUUGAGCAUUUGCUUGAACUCAAAGGCUCUCUCCAAGAUGAAAAAGACAUUUCUGAUAAACCACACUCUAGUGAAAAGAACAGGUCGACCCUGGAGGAUGAGAGAGCAAGCUCAGAACUUUCAAGCCCGCUCCUACUCACAGCUGAUACCUACAGGCUGGAUGAGAUCAUGCACAAUCACUCUGAAGGCCUCAGAGGACCGUGGGGGGAACAACUCAUCGCACAAUUGCUCAGUGAGCUCACUAUGACACAAGAUGAAACCAAUGAGUCUACUCUUCAUCCCCCGGAAAGUGCGGAAUCCUCCACCCAAGGGCCCCUCCUUUACAAACCAAACAUCAAAGCCCACGCAUCCAGGUCAAGAAGCCCGGUAAUAAUCCAACGGCCCAGGAAGGUUGGAGUGGUGCCGCCACCUGAAAUUGUGGUUCAUGUGGGGCUGCCAGUUUCGCUGCAGAAACCCAUUGCUAGUUUGGAGCUGAGGUGUGAGGCACUGGGGAACCCUGAACCAUCCCUAACAUGGACAAAGAAUGGAAAAGUGUUGCAGUACAACAGCAGAGUAGGCCUGUUGCCCACCGGCUCACUGAGGAUCCAGUCUCCAAGCAAGGUAGAUGAGGGUCUGUACACCUGCACUGCCAGGAACCAUCUUGGAUCUACAUCUCUUUCAUCUUGGCUGCAGAUUACAGGUGGCAAAGGAAGAAACUGUGUCCAAGGUAAUGGCAUGGGAGCAAAUGGCCCUAUUUGCUCUGAGAAGAAUAACAGCAGCCAGUCAGCUGAGCUGUGUCAUGGACAAGCCUGCCCCCUCAGGUGGCGAGUGGAUCCUUGGUCACCAUGCUCAGACAGUUGUGGAGGUGGGUCCCAGACCAGGAGUGUGCGCUGCAUGAAGGGUCCUGAGGGCAGAUCAAGAGAGGUGGAGAGCCAGCACUGCCUUGACACAGGGAGGAGACCCUCUGACACCAGGUUAUGCAACCUACAGCCUUGUGCCAGAUGGGCCACUACCCACUGGGGACUGUGUCAUGGUCAAUGUGUGGGUCCCAGUUUGGCCACACAGCACCGCCAUGUUUACUGCCAAGACACAAAUGCCACCAAAGUCCCCUCCAGGAUGUGUAGUGGACUCAAGAGGCCCAGCUCCCUGAAGAAUUGCUCCACAGAGGCCUGUGCCCUUCAUUGGCGCGUAGGGCUGUGGACGCUGUGCACUGCCACCUGUGGACGGCAUGGUUUCCAGUCACGCCAGGUGACCUGCGCGCACCGUCGAACAGGAAAGGCCACACGUGAACAUCACUGCAUGUGGAGGCCUCGACCUCCCAGCUGGCAGCGAUGCAAUGUUUUGUCCUGUGGCAGAGGAGAGUGUCGAGACAGCACGAGGUACUGUGAGAAGGUUCGACAGCUGGAGCUUUGUCCGCUGCCCCAGUUUAAGAGCCGCUGUUGUCAUUCCUGCCAAAACACCUGAGGCGGGGACAUAAGACGAGGGCCAUGGACGACCUGGAUAGGUCAGGGAAGACGCUCAGACAGCCAACAGAGACUUGAAACCUCUAUGCCCCGUCCUUAAACCCACAACUGUCUUCAAUGACCAGUCUUGGAUGGGGAUACCUGAGUGUGGAGCAAUGUUUGGAUGGGGAUACCUAGAGUGGCUGUGAUCUACUUUCCUCAAAGAUAUCAUGUGUGAGUUUGAAUUUGAAAGUUUUGAGAGGAGUGACAUGUCUGUUAAUGAAGGCUUCAGUUUUACUUAUUUUUUUUUAUUUAUCUGAAGUUCAUGCCGACAGCUUUCUUAAAUUAUGCAAAAGUAACUGAGAUACAUUUCCAUUGUUAGUCAUAGAAACUUGUGGUGACUGUGCGAUUUCAUAAAGGGGAACUAACGGCUGUCCCAAAUGGUAUCUGGUGUAGUUUCAGGGGUUUCCUAAAACAAAUGCUGCACCACCAUCUUCUAUUUUAGCACCAUCACUUCAUGUCCAAAAUAGGGUGCAUAUUAUCAUGAGAUUUAGCAUACAAUACACAAAUAUGUAAUUAAUCUACUUUUUUUUAAAUUGAUUGACUUCAUACCCAGAGAUUCUGGGUAGACCCCUGAGCUUUUGAUAACCACUGGAUAGUUGUGUGUUUGCCUUUAUUGCAAUGGUCUCCAAAACAGUGUUGAUAGACAAUUUUGAUACUAAAUGAGCUUUUAAUAAUGAGGCAUGAGUAAACUCUUGUUUAAAACUGAAAUACAGCAUAAUGCUGCCUAUAAAUGGGAAGUAGCUAGCAUGACAAAAAGCCUAAUAUAUGAUAAACGCUAUCCAUUUGGUAUCAGCUGCCUGGGAAAUAGAUCAUGAUGUGUGCUAUCAUUUUGGAUCAUUUAACACGUGUUUACCGCAAUGAUUGGUCAAGUCAUUUAUAGAGGAAAGGAAUUAUGAUUUCAGGUGUUUUAUGUGCUUUUUUUAGCAGAAUAAAAAGUAGGACAUGAUAAAAAUUUAUUUUGCAUGGGUUGCACUAUGGAGGUGUAUGACUGAAGCAAGUCAAUUUUUGGAAAAAAAAAACACACUUAUUUUGCACUCAACUCAUCUAAGUCUUUGUUAAGAACAUGGCUUGUAGAGUUUUUGUUGUUUUGUAAAGGUACAUUGUUUAUAUUUUGUUUUGUGAUGUUUGUUAUUUCUUGGAAUGAUAUUUGUUAAAAUGUCCCUUUUAACCACUUUGUGACGUUACAGCACGUUUAAACAUGAGGUGAGCAGAAUAGUUCCUAACUGAAUCAGUAAAGCUCAGUUUAUCCUGUCCACCAAAUGAUAUUUUCGCUUUAGUGUGACAUUAGAGGAAAACAACAGUGUUACAUUUGACAGUUCUUAUGUAACUCUUCUCCCUUUCAGAUUUCAGUGUUAGUUGAACUUAAAAUAUGUAAAAAUGACCUCUGUGUUAUAUUUUGAUAUUGGUAAAAACAGUAGGGAACUUUUUAAAGAUCAUCAUUAAUGUACCAUUUUUUACAUUACUGUGCCAGAUAGCCAGGGUUUGCACUUUUGACAUUAUAUCCUGGGUUCUACAAUGCUUCAUCAUCAAGUGCAACACAUACCUUAGCAGACUACUUGGCCUUUCAUUUAGGUGUGAUUAUUUGAUUUUAUGAGAGGAAAACCUCAUUGACAUUACUUAUGCCCUUAAGUUAUGUAGAUAUUUGUUUUGUCCUUUUAACUAUUUAUUUCCAUGAGUGUUCUUGUGCAUAGUUUUGUAAAUAAUUACAGGGGUGGGUUUUAAGUAUUAAUUUCCCUACAGUUUUUUUUUGUUUUGUUUUGGUAUUUGAUGUGCAUGCAAUGGGGACCCCUGCUGGUGACUUGAUGUAUUGCUCUCUGCUCAUGCCUGGUUAAUCAUUAAAUAAAACCAAAUACAUUCCUUUUA